AGAUCAGCCACAGAGAAGAAAUCUUGAUCCUGUACCACAGCGAAGAUACGCAAAAACACCCAAGUCUUUCCAAGCAAGCUUCAACAUGGCGUCUGAAGCACAACGCGGCGUCACUCCCGUGUUCCUGAAAAACAGAUUGCUGGAGAUGAUGAGCGAGCCUACACGACAAGAGAGAUUUGUGGAGCCUUGGAAAAAGUUGCCGGCUAUGGUUCCAUCGAAGGUGCACAAAGGAUCAGAGGUCUUUGGCGGAUCUAUCCCCAAACAGAAAGCGCUCGUAUCGCGAUAUCGCCAUAUUACUUCAUGGCGUCACCCUACGACAACGGCACUACCAGCCUUACAGCGACAAUUCUUACGUUGUAAAAGAACCAAUUGAUGUGCCUACAACAAGAAUCUAAGUGAGAUUCCCCUUGCCUACAGCAACGACGAAAUCAAGGAAUGCUUUCUAAACCUGGGGUGUAAAUUCCACAGCAAGAUCAUUGACGAAAGAGAUCGUGAUGAAAAUAAACGGCUAACCAGGUGGAAGACAGGUAGAAGAUUCUUCCACAUAGAAAUUCCUAAACAGCCAUUACCUCCCAUCAUCACCAUGGGUCCAUUUCGGGCAAAGGUUUAUCAUAACGAACAGAGAGAAACCGAAAGGAAACAAGCCAUUGACUGUAAGAACUGUAAGCAGCCUGGGCACACUAUGCCCAGCUGCCAAGAACCACAGCGAUGUUUUGACUGUGGAUUACAAAGUCAUAAGAGAGGCGACCCCUCCUGUCUACACAUUAAUGUUGCUAUGCAGUGUCAAGACGUUGGCACCGAAAGGAAACAAGCCAUUGACUGUAAGAUCUGUAAGCAGCCUGGGCACACUAUGUCCAGCUGCCAAGAACCACAGCGAUGUUUUGACUGUGGAUUACAAGGUCAUAAGAGAGGCGACCCCUCCUGUCUACACAUAGAGAGCUCGAGUGAGAAAGACGACCAGGUUUUUCACCCUCCCGAUGCUACAAACAAACGCUCCACUGCUUCAAAUGACGCAGGUACAUCUGCCGAUCCGUCUCCUUCACCAACUCAAGUCAUCGACCAGUUCUUUACCCAGUAUGUCACGAGAGAAGACCAGACCGCCUCAGAACAGGAGAACGCGAACACUUCCUCUACUUCCGUAAACGUCGCCAUGACAACUGAAACUGAACCCGGUACCACGUGGGCUGAGGAAUGUGUAACCCCUGACCCGGAACAUUUCAAACACACUCGGGGUCCCAUAGACCGUUUCCUGCGAAAAACACGUUCCACGACAACAACAAACAAGAAGAACACCCAGAAGAAGAGACAAACCUCAAGCCAAAAGCGACCUCGUGAUAGCCCACCAGCAGCGAUGUUGGAACCCUCGCGAAAACAGCAGCGGAACGGCCCACCCCUACUCGAACAUGGCUCCGGCGGCGCAACCUAGGCUUUCCUGGUAAACCCCGGACUGUCUGCACGGACUGAACAUAAUGUUUACAGGCA